AUGAGUUCACAGAGAAAAGUAUUGAAACGCGAAAAUUUGAAUUAUAUCGACUUACUACAGCAGACCAUUGAGCACAGUGAGGGUCAGGGGGAUCCUCUGUCAGAGCAGAUAAUUGAGGAGGACAUGGGAGUGGAUGAAUAUGAGAAUGAAAAGAAGGUUGACUUGGACUCUUUUGAGGUCAGCGUUGACAAUCAGUAUGAAAUUUCUGCUGAUGCAAGAACUGGAGCCAAAGGAGAUGCAGAUUCAGAUGAUGAAAUCAGGAUUGUACUCAAAAGAAAGAAGCCAAGGGGAAGCGGCAGUACCUCGGACAGCAAUCAACUUAAUGACAUCUAUAUGCUGCUUCUUAGCAUGGACAAGAGGAUAUCGAGUAUCGAGAGGUGGCUAAAGAGUACAAAUACAAAUCCAGUGGUUGUCAGCAAUACUUCAAUGGUCACCAGAUUUCUGCCUAUGAAAACUGUUCAGGAACUCAAAGAUUUUGAUGAGAUGUUGAGUGAGGCAGACUUUGAGGUGGCCUUUGUCAAUUUUGUCCAAAAUGCUGAACUCAAGGACAUGAUGGAUGACAAUCUAAUCAUCAAUUUUAACUAUAGCGGAGUCCAUAGGAAGCUAGCCCUCAAGAACUUUAAAUUUAUUCAAGUUUGGAAAGAUAACUCCAACUUGCCAGAGACAGAGUUCGCCAAGAAUCUCAAGAUUGAAAUUGGAGCUGCUCACAACAGGCAUCACAGUCGUCAAGCUCGUCUAAGGAAAUCCAAUACCGGAACAUAAAAUGAUUUAAAAUUUAAUAAUGAAUUUAAAAAUGUCAGAGAAAAAAAUCAGGAGAACUUCAGAAAUACGUUGGAUUUAUAAAAAUAAAUUUGAAAAUGAGGAUUUGAAAUAAACCCACUUUUGAAGCGAUUAUAAAAUAGCGUUUUCAAUUGAUAACCUUGAGAGUCAUGAUCAGUCGGGUGAAGCUUUCCCAAACAAUAAUAAACAAAAAUGUCGUCUCGAUAUUUUAAGAAUAAAUUCUCUGAUUUUGAUGGAAAUUCUGUAGUCCAGGUGGACAAGAAUCGUGUGUGUGGCCUCGUAGAGGAAUAUGUGAGUGCUAUCUUAGCUAACACCAAUGAUUCUAGGCAAGAUCACCGUGGAGAUUUGUAUGUGGGUGAUGCCGGGAUUGCCUACAUGUUUUAUCGCAUCUACAAGUCUCCAGUGUUGAAGGAUAAGAUUCCAGGAGCUCUUAAUCUAGCGCAGCAGUAUAUUGAGAGGGCCAGGAACAAUGCCAGGCACUAUGCCAAACGAUCCGACGAGAGAUGUGCUUUUCUUUGUGGAAAUGCCGGAAUCUACGCAGUUUCCGCAGCGAUUUCCCAUGAAAGCGGCAACCAGAGUCAAUACCAAAAAGAUUUGGAUUGCUUUUCUGCCGGUUUUGCAGCCUGUAAGCCCAUAAAUUUCAACAAAUAUGGAUCUGAUGAGGUACUAGUGGGCAGAGCCGGUUUUCUGAGUGGUGUUUAUUGGCUGCAGAAAACCCUUCCGGCGACCCCAUUUACUUCUGAUCAAAUUCUCGAGAUUUGCGAGUCCAUGAUUCAGAGUGGGAUUGAAUAUAGUCACAGAAAUACCUCAACCUUACCCUUGAUGUACGAAUAUCACAACAGUGAAUAUCUGGGUGCAGCUCAUGGAGUCUGUGCUAUUUAUCACAUGCUCCUAAAUUCGAGCUGGUUUGAUAACAUUCAAUCUGGAGCUGCCCCAAAACACCUCAAUCUUAUCAAAGAUUCAAUCGAUGGAUUUCUGGCCUAUCAAGAUUCCGAAGGAAACUUCCCAAUAACUCUGGACAACACAAGAGAGAAACGUCUGGUGCACUGGUGUCAUGGAGCUCCGGGAGCUGUCUAUCUCCUGGCCAAAUCCUACUUAGUCUUCAAAGAUGAGAAAUACUUGAGAGCCUGCAAGUUGGCGGCUGACUUGGUUUGGCGGAAAGGAUUACUACUAAAAGGUCCUGGUAUUUGUCAUGGAGUGGCUGGAAAUGGCUAUGUCUUCCUUCUACUCCAUCAACUCACCCAAGACCCUAAAUAUCUCUACAGAGCGAUCAAGUUCAUGGAAUUCCUAUCUGAUCCAGAGUUUCGGCAAAAUGCUCGGACUCCUGAUCGUCCCUUCAGUCUAUACGAGGGCAUUGCUGGAACAGUAUGUUUCCUGGCUGAUUUACUGGAACCAGAAAAGGCAGCAUUUCCCUUCAUGGAAGUUUAUUGAGCAAGAAAAUACUGCAUUUAAAUUUAUAAAUUUCUUUGUUACUUUUGACCCCAUCCCAAGUUGUACUCCAAUUUGUGGCUAAAUUUAUUAAUAAAUGUGCGCUCCCUAAAAUUA